AUGGGCAAUGUCAGCAGCAGGCCCGGUGAUGGGUCGUCUCUGUACCUCAGAGACCAGAGCCGUCUGACCAUCUCGUCGCUCGUCAUCACGAACCCCCGGAAGCGCAGCUCCAUCAACAUCGUUCCCAAUGCAUUUCCAGCGAGCAGAAUAUCCGUCUUCCGGCCGACGAGCGAUAGCUCUUCCAUCGAAUACGUUCAAGUGAGUCCAAGCAUGCGACUGCGUGGCGCGUUUUUUGCGACGGUCCUCGACGUCGUGGACGCUGACACGGCCAUGAUUUCAAUCCAGGACCCAGAGCCUCCGAAUAAUGCGGACGGCACCCCCAACGUCCUCCUCAAGUUGAACGGCGACGACGAGCUCAUCUUUACCUUCACCUUUGUCAUCCGACAAUCACUGCAACAGGCCGGGGCCGACGGCAAGCCCGUCGCAACCGACACGGUCAUCCCCGGCCUAACCUACGUCUGCGCCUCUACCCCGCGCGAAGUCGAGAACCUCGUCACGCGAGAGUUCCAUGCCGACCCGAACCUUCAUAAAAACGCCAACGUGGACCUCGUCGGGGAUUACAGCACCGCCGGUAACCCUUCCGUCUCGUUCGAAUGGACCUGGAAGUGGAGGCCGCCCAAGUCCGUCGAGGACCGAGGGGGCGGUUGGAGGAACUCGUGCAGCUUUGUCGAAUACGACUCGCGCGCCCAUCGCCUCGUCACCCUCGCCAGCUUCUCCUACUGGGUCUCGAAUGCUGCCACGCCCCUCAGCCAUCCCAACUCCCCGUCCCCACCAUUCCUGCUGGCCUCGCCCCCGAAGAUCCGAGUUGCCUCGGCCCAGUCGGUCGAUUCGAGGCUGACAGGCUUGAUCGACAUCGAAGAGCCCAUCUCGCCCCUGCUGUCGCCGAACGACGCGACUGCCUUUUCCAUAAUCCACUCCAAGGAGCCGGUCAAGGUCGAUGUGCCUUGCCGCCGGCCUGGCGAUGACGUCGCCGUCGCCGACGACGGUCCCGUGUUUCGCGCAACCCUCAAGGCGCUCGAGCAGAAGACGGGCAACAUGCGAACGCAGAUGAAAAAGGUGCUGAAGCGAGCCGAGCAGGCCCAUCUGUCGCAAAUCGAGGCCAACGAUGCAUUCGUCGCCUUCAUGGACGCCUUGCGCGAGGCUUCGUCGACCAACGCCAACGCCAUCCAGCCGGCUCUGGAGCACUACUUUGACAGCAUCGCCCGCGAGGUGCUGGCGAACGAGCGACAAAGCACGACCAACCUGCAGAAGAUCAUCAUCGAGCCGCUCACCAAGCUGUACCAGCUGGACAUCAAGCAGGCCGAGUCCAAGAAGCGCGACUUCGAGGAGGAGAGCAAAGACUACUACUCGUACGUUUCCCGCUAUCUGGGCCAACGCCAAGACUCGGUCAAGGCCAAGAAGCUGGCGGAGAGCGAUUCCAAGUACCAGAACAAGAGGCGAAACUUUGAGCUGCAACGCUUCGACUACUCCAGCUUCGUCCAAGACCUCCACGGUGGCCGCAAGGAACAGGAAGUCCUGUCCCACCUUACAAAGUACGCCGACGCCCAGACGAAAGGCUUCCUUUCGACGGCCAAGAGGAUCGAAGGGCUCAUUCCCCAGCUGGACGCGCUGUCGACCGAGGUCUUGGAGGCCGACAAGGAGUACCAGUACCGACGUCAGGAGCGAGAGGAGAAGCGGCGCGUCCUGGAGAAGAGCAACACUCCGUACAUGGAACCGGAACAGGCCAGCCUCAGCAGCUCGGCGCCUCUCACGUCGCAUGCCAACGGCAACACGGGCAACCUGUCCGAUUCGGAACUCGGACGAGCGGACAGCACCGGGUCCCAGGUGAAGAAUGCCAUCUCGACGGGAGCCUCUCACGCAGCCGUCGGCCACGGCGUCGAGCUCUCGCGGUCGCCCGGCAGUUUGGGCCACGCCUCGGUGAGCAGCCCCGCGCAGGGCUCCAAGUUCAAAGGCAUCCGUGACCUCGAGGAGAGAGAUUCGUCCCAAAGCUUCGUCACCCAGCGGAAGGAGGGCCUUCUCUGGGCCUUGAACAGACCUGGUGGCCACGUAGAUCCGAGGAACCUGAACAAGCAAGGCUGGCACAAGUUCUGGAUCGUCCUCGAUCAAGGGAAAUUGUCCGAGUACAGCAACUGGAAGCAGAAGCUGGACCUCCACAUGGAUCCCAUCGAUCUGCGGAUGGCGUCGGUUCGCGAAGCGCGCAACGCCGAACGACGAUUCUGCUUCGAGGUCAUCACGCCGAGCUUCAAGCGUGUCUACCAGGCGACGUCGGAGGAAGACAUGAACAGCUGGAUCGUGUCCAUCAACAACGCCCUGCAGAGCGCCAUGGAAGGGCGGGCCCCGCAGGACAGGGCAGCGCCGGCGAAGAAGUCGGGAGACUCGUCGAUCAAGCGGGACAUCGGCUCCAUCCUGACGGGCAAGACGCAGUCGCUCGGUCACGGCGCCCAGCCGCCGCACCACCACUCGAGCGCCGCCAGCGGCGUGCCAUUCCGGCGAAUAACGGUGGGCGCUCGACCGAGCGUGCUGCGGACGACCAGCUCCGGCUACGACGACGACCCCGACAAGCUGCUGCAGAUGGUGCGCGAUGCGGACCAAGGCAACAACUGGUGCGCCGACUGCGGCUCCGGGUCCAAGGUCGAGUGGGUGUCGAUCAACCUGGGCAUCAUCCUCUGCAUCGAGUGCAGCGGCAUUCACCGAUCGCUGGGCACGCACAUCAGCAAGGUCAGGUCUCUGACGUUGGACAUCAAGUCCUUCACCGUUGAUAUUGUCGAGCUGCUCCUCCUCAUCGGGAACCGGGUGUCGAACAUGAUCUGGGAGGCCAGGCUCGACGCGGCGACGACGAAGCCGACUCCGCAGGCGACUCGCGAGCAGCGUCUCAAGUUCAUCACGGCCAAGUACGUGGAUCGGGCCUACGUCGAGCCUCUCUCGGCCAACCUGUCGAGGUACCCGACGGCGGACGAGACGAUGCUGGCGGCCAUCAAGAAGAACGAGAUUCAGCAGGUGCUCUACGCGCUGGCGCUGAGGGCCAACCCCAACGUCGUGGACAAGAUGAGGGGAACGCACGCCGUGUGGCUCGCGCUGGCGGCGGCGGACCCGGCCUCGCCGUCGCCGACACCGGGCACGAGCUCUCCGGCGGACCAAGAGUGCAAGGCGGUGCCGUUCCCGGUUGCGGAGCUGCUCACGCAAAACGGCGCCGAGAUUCCCGCGUCGCUGCCGGCCUUUCCGCUCGGACGAUUCGCCCAGCAGUAUUUUGAGCAGAAGAUUGGGAAAAGUAGGGCCUCGGCGGGCGACGAGCUGUCGUCGCUACCCUCGACCUUGGGUGCGCCCGAGCGGUCGCAGCGCGAGAGGGAGUCUCGGCUGCAGAAGCGCGUCAGCGUCGGCGGGAGACUGGCGAAAUCGCCCAUCCCCGAGAGGUAG